AUGGGCCUGUUUCAAACCCAGAGUCAAGGCGUUGAGCGAGCGAUGGAGCUGUGGAGGAGCCUGAGGCUGAUCACGGACAAGUCGGUCCUGAACAGCUUCAUGUCGCGGCUUGUGCAGUACCAAAUGGCACUGGCCGUCGACAAUACCAAGCAAGGCCGAAUUCGUGCCGACCCGGCCGAGAUUAACAAAAUGAUGGACAAGUUCGGGUUCAGCGCCUCAGACCGUACAAAGUUCCAGCAUCAGGUCACACAAGGCCGGUUUUGGCGUUUGGUCUGUGGGCGAUUCCCAGGACUCUUGUGCUUGAUCCCUUUCAAGUCAGCGAAGCCCUACUGCUUGUCAGGGCGUGACUACCUCAGUAUGAGAGGGGGCGAGCUAGAAAGAUUUGCGAAGCUCGUCGACACUCCCUUUGUGGAGCGCAUCUGUCAGGCCUGUGAGGCAUUGAUCGACAUGGUCUUGGGAGUCAAGGACGACAUGAUGUUUAAAUGGGAAAAGGAGCAUCCUGCACUUCUGUCCUGGGAAAAGAGUCUCUCCGACGACAUCUUGCUAUCCCUACUACAACCGCACCAAUACUGCGAGGAGAACCAGUAUGAUGGCGAUGAGUUCCCAGACUGGGUCAAGCCAACUGGUUGGCUGGAUGAAUGGCCCUGGAAGGUCAAUCCCCUCGCAAUCGUUUCAACAGAACGUCAAUGCGACCUCUGCUCCGAAAACAAGUGCCAAUGUCUCUACACAAGAUUGGUCAAGCGUAGGCCACGCAUCAAGUCAUGGGGUAGUCUAGGGUUUGGUCUCCAGGCAGUGGCUUCUCAUGAAGGAGAGGUCGCCUACAGAAAAGGCGAAGUGAUGGGUCAGAUCUGCGGCAAGAUCGUACCCAGCGGAACGUAUCCUCACAACUCCAGCUGGGUUAUGGACAUGCACCGACCCGACAUUGAUGGGGAGACGGUCGUUUGUCAGAUUUCCGUGGCUGGCCCCAGCAACUGUUUCUUGCACCUCAACCACCACUGCCGGGCAUCAGCGCGCGUGCGCCCUUUGAGAGUUUCGGGUCAUUGGAUAUGCGGGAUUGAGGCAGUCAGAGACAUCAGGCAUGGAGAGCAGAUAACGGUGAAUUUUGGCAAGAGAUUUCUUCGGAAUCAGGGCUUGCGAUGCGAGUGCGAAGCAUGCCGGGAGACUCUGUAA